UUAGCAUGAGAGUUGUGCAUAUUUCUUACUUGAAGAUAUAUUGACAAAUGUACUCUCCAGAUAUUUAGCCAUCUUUCCAUAUUGAUUUUAAAAGAGAUCUCCUACAUAGAUUUUCUUCAGAGCUUUAGAGUUUGACAGAAUCGCCUUUUUGUGGUAAACUUAUAUUUCAAUGUCGGGGUAGUCUUUCGCCUAGCAUAUCCGAUCCCAGCAUUGAGGUCUAUUAUGCUCCCAUUUAUCAUCAAGGGUCCAUUACAACACCACUUAUCACGAAGAUGAGACUGCUAUAUUAGACUUCUCUCUUACUUCAGGUCCUCGCAAAACAAAGGAAUAGCUCGAUGGACCACAGACGAAGUAUUCUUUUAUUGAAAACGGCUGUAUAUUUGGCUCAUGGUGUGAAAUCAGAUGAUAAAAUCAGCAAGAAAUUGGUCUGAAAUGGAAAGAUGAUAUUUGGCUUAUUGCUUCAGACUGUGAUUGUUGCGUCUGCAGGGCCAUCAGACCGACCUUUGGGGGAUCAUCACCAAGUGAAAAAUAGCUCAGAUUGCCACCGCACCUUUAGCUAUAAAACAUCAAGUACAGGUAUGUUCGCCUCCCCGAGCUUCCCCCGGGAGUACCCGGACAGCGUUAUGUGCAGUUACUUUUUCCACGGCUCACCCAGCGGAAAAGUGCAGAUCACUUUUGACUACUUCAGUUUAGAGAAACCAUCAGACAAUGGAUGCACAUUUGAUUACUUGGAAAUAUACUAUGUAAACCAAAACGGCAUGAAGGAUCUCAUCGACAGACAUUGUGGCACGAAUACUCCAAAAGACUUCAUAUCUCAGCAUUCAAAAAUGGAAAUUUUGUUCGUUUCCGAUUUUACGAAACAUUCGAAUGGAUUUCUCGCACAUUAUACUUUCCUCGGGGACAAAUUUUCCAUCGCAGACUGGCAUCAUUUUGGCCCCUCCACGAUCGGUUGUGGACCAGAAUUUUUAAUGGGAUCAGGAGGGAUUAUCUCCUCCCCUGAUUAUCCUGAGUUUGCCCCUUCCAGGUCCAGCUGUACCUGGAUUAUUAUUGUCAAGGAAACGGAGAAAAUUUUAUUGACUCUUGUAGACCUUUCCAGUAGUAGUCAACAAACCAGAGACCCCUGCGAAAAAACACAGCUGGCGAUUUACAACGGCUUUGCCGUUCCCGGGAUGUUACCGGGGAGGGCAUAUUGUGGUCCGCUGUCUGGUGUCCACCAAAGAAAGCGAGAAUACUGGUCCUCGGCCAGUAGAGUGGUCAUAAGAUUUGAAACAGACGUUGGUGGUCUUAGGUUAGCAUUUCGACUAACCUGGACAGCAGUGGAAUUGGUAGAAAACGAUAAUUGUCCAAGAUUCCUUUGUCAGGGGGAAUCGUGCGACGAAGAGUCACCUGAUUGUAAAUAUACAAAGUUAAAAGUCUGUAUCGACAAGUCUUUAGAAUGCAAUGAGGUGCCAAAUUGUGGAUAUUCAGACAGAAGUGAUGAAGAAAAAUGUUUUAAUAAAAUACUUAUGAUAGUGAUUUACGCGGCAGUGCCGUCUGUGAUACUUAUUUUAGCUAUAAUACUGACAGUCUACUGUUGUCGGCGUCACAAGAGAAAACAACUUCACGUAGUGAAAUCGGCAGAAAAUAACUCUUCCCAACAAACCCACUGGGUUUCACCCCAUAUCAGGAGCCUGGAAAACAGUCCAGUCACAAACAGAUCUCCCCUCAUGCAUACCACAUCGUUCGUGCCAUCCAAACAUUCCUCUAACCCAGCCUCUCCAAAACGAGACACCAAACGCGUGACUAUUGUAGACACUUUUGAUAUGAAAGAGUUGAGGCACUCUCUGGAGAAACACAAUGUUAACGGGGGUGCACAGUUUAACGAAAGCAAUAUGAAACACAUAGUGACACCUUGCGGUGAAAAUGAUAUGAAUGAAGUAGUAACUCGUGUUCAUGUUCCUAUUGAUGGCAUUUUAAAGACAUCUCCACAAAAUUUUAGAACUCAUCAAAAAAGACCUUCAUAUCAUCUGAUGCAAGAAUUCAAUAUGGAAGGGACGGAUGUUACAAUGAAAAUAUAAUGUUUGUAACUCUUAGUGAUUUUAACUUUAUUACAUUUUUUACUUUUCUUGACGUGAUGAAAGAAUAUGGACUUUAAUUUGAUUGCGAGAAGAAUUUUUUUAAUGCAUUUUUGAGUUUUGCUUCUGUGUAUCGUAGUACUAUAUUUUAAAUAAUUUUAAGCGAACAAAAGAAUUUUUAAUUGUAUAAACAUUUAUAGAAAUUUAUAUAAUAAGCCAUAUUUUUGUUAAAAGGGUCAUAUGCUGUAUACUUUCUGUUGCCAAGCAGGUUCAAACGAUCUUCAAAAAGAUUAUAAGUAUUUGAAUUUAGUUUACAAGCUUUAUUUUUUUGUUACAUUUUUGUGUCGCCUGCAGAGCAGAGAUACACAUAGGGACCACUUUAUCUGGAUUCUGUCUGUCUGUCUGUCCGUCUUUCUGUCUGUCACAUAUAUUAUAUAUUGAGAAUAUUGAGAACUGUAACAGGAAUUGAUUUGAUAUUUUGGUUGUGUAUUGUUUGGUACUAGGGCUUUUGUAAACUACCAUGGUUAUUGAUCAUAUAACCUUUCAACUUGACAUUUGACCUACUUUUCAUAUUAGUUCAUAAUAGUGCAAAUGUUUGGACAGUUGGAGGGAAGUGUGAGCUAUUUAGCAUGUAUACUGUUUGUCAUAAGUUUUGAAAAAUACCAGUGAUUAUCAACUUUAACCUACUCUUCUAAAAUACUCCAUACGGUAAUUUAUCUAAUGUCUGAUAAUUCUGCAGGAUUUCGAUAACUAGCAAAUAUAUUACAUGUUUAUGAGCUCAUGACAAUGUACUUUUAAACUACAGUGUAUGUGAAAUAUAAGGUUACCACACAAACGGAACUUUAAUACGUCGGGAUCAGUAUAUCGAAAUGACAAACUUCAAAUAAAGUUGUAGACUGACAAUUGCAGUUAAGAUAGACUAAAAUUUGUUUCUAGUAACGAAUUUGAGGGAUCAUGUGAA